GCAGUGCUCCUAUUGGUUGGAGAUCACGCCACAGCGCCGCGCGUACGCACAGCCGAAGGUGUGCCAUCAGCGGCCGUUGAAAAAUGGCGACUGUCACUGAGUUGAAAGCUGUUUUAAAGAACACCUUGGAAAAAAGGGGAGUGUUAGGACAUUUAAAAGCAAGGAUCCGUGCUGAAGUUUUCAAUGCCCUGGAUGAUGAUCAUGAACCCCGACCAUCAUUGUCUCAUGAAAACCUUCUAAUUAAUGAAUUAAUUAGGGAGUAUUUGGAAUUCAACAAAUAUAAGUACACAGCCUCUGUCCUUAUAGCAGAAUCUGGUCAACCCAUAGUUCCAUUGGACAGACAGUUUCUCAUCCGUGAACUAAAUGCCUUUGAAGAAUCAAAAGAUAACUCAAUUCCUCUGUUGUAUGGAAUUUUAGCCCAUUUCUUGCGUGGUCCUCCAGAUGACAUCCAGAAUGUGUUUCUGACAGAGUCGACACUCCAGCCUCCAAAUAGGCAUCCCAGCUGGAAGCCCAACAGAAGACCAAAGGAUGACCACCUGAAGAAGGACACGGGGCCAAGCACCAUGACUGAAGAGCUUCAUGCUGCUGUGCAAGCAGUCAGUAGAUGAUACAUAUACCAGGCUGUCUGGUCUCAGCUGUGUAUGUGGAGUAACUAACUUAUUAUUCCUGAUACCAUAGAUUAGACCACCACAGUUUGUAAAUGUUUGAUAUUCUCCAUUUAGCCCCUCAAGUUUUACUGCAUCUAUGAAAAGCUAAUCUGUCAUCUAGCUUGCUAGAAGCUACUGGAGAAAAAAAUGUGCUGUUUUCAGGAUUUUGAGGGUGGGGGUGGGGGUUUGGUUUUUUGUUUGUUUUUCAAGACAAGGUUUCUCUGUGUAGCUUUGGCUGUCCUGGAACUCAGUCUGAUCAGGCUGUCGUGGCACUCACAGAGAUCCACUUGCCUCUACCUCUCGGGUGCUGAGAUUAAAGGUGUGCACUACCACCGCCAGGCCAGGAUGUACUUGUAAAGUUCUUAAGUUUGUGAAAACUGAAAAGUACUUCUUCCUUUUCUUUAGAGGCCAUCUCUAAGGGCUGUGAAUGUACCUCCAGUAAAGCACUUGCCUUGCAUGUGUAGGUCCCGGGUUCAGUUGUAGCACUGAAAAUAAAAUACAAGUACAGAUCUUUGUCCAAAUGCUCUGCUCAUUAAAAUUCCUUCAGCUAGAAGUAUAUAGACCUGUGGGGAAAACCCAUUUGUGUUUUGAAAAGUAUUUCAAGGGCAUUAAAACCAGAACUUAUUCCUGUAAAAUUUUA